AUGCUGGAUGGAAAAUCAACGUUUUUAAUGAGAAUCAAUCAGCAUGCCUCCUUGCACUUCCGACGUUUCGAGGAAGCGAAGACGAAACAUAUCGUCAGAUGUAAUGGGAAUGCGGAAGAAGCUGCCCGGCAGUAUGCAGAGGAGCAUCCCGGUCAAAAUUUACCGUCGGCUAAUUCCUUUAGACGAUUAGCUGCACGGUUAUAUUCGAGUUGCUCAUUCCAGACUGCUCUAGAAGGUGCAGUUUGCUCGUGUCAGAUCUCCACGGCACGGGCAAAUGAAGUCCUCGAACAAUUUGACCGGGAUGGGAUCCUUAGUAUACGUCACCGUUUGGGGAUCAGUAAGUCGUCGGUUCAUCGCAUUCUACAAGAAAAUACGCUGCACCCGUACAAAUACAUGUAUGUUCAGGAACCCAGAAGAUUACAUUCGUUCGCUAUGCUAGGUGGCUUGUGGGAAAGAACGAGCGGAAUCCAUCUUUCUUCCAAUACGUUUUGUGGACAGAUGAAGCCCUUUUCACUAGAGAAGGAUGCUUUAAUGCCCAUAAUUCGCAUUUGUGGAACGAUGAGAAUUCACAUGCGAUCCGUCCACGAGCAAUGCAAGAGCGCUGGUGCGUGA